UUUGCCGACGCAUACUUGGCAAAGCACAACUACUUCAGAGGAUUGAUGCAAGACACAGCGCCUUUGUCCUGGAACGACAACAUCGCUCAAGUUGCACAAAACUACGCCGAUCAGUACCAGUGUGGUGCCGAUCUCGAACACUCGGGCAACCCCUACGGAGAGAACUUGGCCCGGGGCUACGACUUCAAAAGCGCCGGUGCCGUUGCUGCAUGGUUCAACGAAAUCAAAAACUACAACUGGGAUGACCCAGGUUUCGGAGAAAACACAGGGCAUUUCACGCAAUUGGUAUGGACCGAAACGACCCAACUCGGAUGCGGAUACAAGGAUUGUGGAAGCUACUGGGGAACCUACAUCGUCUGCAACUACAACCCAGCAGGGAACAUU